AGCCAUCCGCUCGUCUCUCUCCCCCAUUCCCCAAUCCCCACGACGAGAUCCAUCCACCCCAGAGGCCAAGAAGAGAAGGGAGGAGAGAGAGAGGCCGGCGGCGGCGGAGGAUCAGACGAUCGGAGAUGGUGCGGAAGGCGAAGGUUGAGUUCGACGAGAGGCCGCCGGAUGACUUCGACCCGAAGAACCCGUACGGGGACCCGGUGGCGAUGCUGGAGUACAGGGAGCACCUGGUGCGGGAGAAGUGGAUCCAGAUCGAGACCGCCAAGAUCAUCCGCGACCGCCUCCGCUGGUGCUACCGGAUCGAGGGCGUCAACCACCACCAGAAGUGCCGCCACCUCGUCGACCAGUACCUCGAGUCCACCCGCGGCGUCGGAUGGGGCAAGGACCACCGCCCGGCGGACCUGCACGAGCCCAAGAAGGUGGUUGAGGUCGAGGAGUAGCUCUGCUUCCGCUGCCGUUCCUGGAAUGGAGAGGUCAUCUUUCCAUUCGAAGUGAAGGAAGUAACUUGAAUUGCCGCAGCUCAUCUCUUACCUCUGAAGUUGCUGAUAGGCAUUUAAUAAAUGAUGAUGCGAAGGAAACAUUGUUGUGUGGUGUCUGUAUUUUUUCUUUUGUCAAAUUCAAGGAGUUAAGCAAAUCGUUGCUUGGACUUGCCUACCUUGUUUCGAGUUUCAUUUAUACAAAUGAUGUUUAGUUGCCCUUUUGCCUUUGCAUCUUGAGUUUACAAGUGUGUAGGAAAGACGGCUCUUGCUGUGCCGUACAAGUUCUUUCUAUUAUGUCACUGCUGCCUUUUUUGUA